UCUAAGAAACUGAAGGUUCUCGACGGCUGAAAUCUUCUCCAACAACGGAAGUUACAGAAGCGGUGAAGAGUUGGACCAGAAAAGAACCAGGAAGAACGUGACAGAGGAAGAAGCAUGAUUUCAUGUUUAAGAUUUCAGGCUCUUAUUUUUCUACUUACCUUAAUCUUCAUUUCCACAACCUCCUUCUCAUUCUCUCCUGAUGGAGUUUCUCACCAUCACCUUCUUCGGAAAAGAACUGUUUCAGGGUUGAUUGAUGAGGAGGUAUCAGUUGGGUUGAUUCCUUGGGGGACGAGGAGGUCUGUUAUUGAGGAAAAUGGUACGGCCAACUCAUCUGUGCUUAUACUAGCUGAGCAGAGAACAUAUAGGAGAGACCCUCUCAAUGGGUACAAGCGUUAUACUGGAGGAUGGAAUAUCAGUAAUACACAUUACUGGGCUUCUGUAGGUUUUACGGCUGCUCCUCUGUUCCUCAUUGGCUUAAUAUGGUUCGUUGCCUUUGGGCUAUUCUUGUCCUGCAUCUGUCUCUAUUAUUUCUGUUGUCAGCGACCACGCUACGGCUAUUCUCGAACUGCUUAUGCUCUCUCCCUUAUACUUCUCAUUCUCUUCACCAUUGCUGCAAUCAUUGGAUCCGUAGUUUUGUACACUGGCCAGGGAAAAUUUCAUGGAAGUACAACGGAUACAUUGGAUUACGUUGUGAUGCAAUCAAAUACGACUGUGAAGAGCCUUAGGAAUGUUUCAGACUAUCUUUCCUCCGCAAAGCAGAUUGGGGUGGACAAUGUUUUUCUGCCCGCCGAUCUCCAAACCAAGAUCGAUCAAGUUAACACCAAGAUUAAUGCUUCUGCUAACAAUCUUUCCCAUCGUACCUCUCAAAAUUCAAAUGAUAUACAACAUGUGCUGGACAACGUGAGAAUGGUUCUUUUUGUAAUUGCUGCUGUGAUGAUGGGGGUGGCAUUCCUUGGCUUUUUAUUUUCUGUUCUUGGCCUGCAGUAUCUUGUAUACAUCUUGGUGAUUAUUGGGUGGAUUCUUGUAGCAGGCACAUUUAUUUUGUGUGGCGUAUUUCUACUGCUCCAUAAUGUUGUUGGAGACACGUGUGUUGCAAUGAAUGAAUGGGUCCAAAACCCAACUGCCCAUACGGCUCUGGAUGAUAUUCUCCCCUGUGUGGACAAUGCAACAGCCAAUGAAACCUUGAUACAAAGCAAGCAAGUUACUUUCCAAUUGAUCAAUAUGGUGAACCAGGUCAUUGGGAAUGUCUCGAACAGAAACUUCCCUCCAAACUUUGCCCCUUUAUAUUACAAUCAAUCUGGUCCCUUGAUGCCUCUCCUCUGCAACCCAUUUUUUCCCAACAUGAUGGAUAGGAAAUGUGUAGCUGGUGAAGUGCACUUCAACAAUGCAACACAGGUUUGGAGGAACUAUGUCUGUGAGGUAUCAGCAAAUGGGACUUGUACAACAGUGGGCCGUGUGACCCCCAGCAUUUAUAACCAAAUGGCAGCGGCAGUGAAUGUGAGCUAUGGGCUAUAUCGCUAUUCUCCAUUUCUAGUUCAGCUGGAAGACUGCACCUUUGUGCGAGAUUCGUUCACGGAGAUAAAUAGGGAUCAUUGUCCUGGAUUACGGCGAUACAGUAAAUGGGUCUAUAUAGGAUUGGUGAUGGUGUCAGCUGCAGUGAUGCUAUCUUUGAUCUUUUGGGUAAUCUAUGCUCGUGAGAGGCGACACCGUGUGUACACCAAACAGUACGAUGCAGCUUAUGGUCGAGACCAUAAGACCCCUGAGAGAAAAUUCUAGUUUAAGUAAUCUCUUUCAAGUCAGUUGUGAGUUUUCUUUCUACAACAAUAUCAAUUUCAGUCUAUGUAUAUGCUUGGUGAUGGUGACAUUUGUGCAUAUUUUGUUAGAUUACUCCCUGGGUUUGGUGAGUUUGUGAUACAUGUAUUUAUAUAGAGUUUUAAAAGUUGCAUAUUUUGCACCUUGUGGUCCA